ACACUCACUCCUUAGUCCUUACUUCAGUCACUCGCGAAACAAAACCUAUUUUUAAUUCUUACCCUCUCUCUCUCUCUCUCUCUCUCUCUCUCUCAAAUUCCGCCGUCGCAAUCAUCUCCCUCCUCCGCCACACCAAAACCCUAACAACCUUCAUUCUCCCGGUGAGGAGAGAGAGAAACUCUCGGCAAAUUCUCCAUUGUCAAAUUCAUUCAUAUUUUCUAUCUCUUGUUUCCUCUUCGCAUCAUCAAUUUCCUUCGAUCACACUUAGAAAUCCUCUUAAUCACUAAACAAUCAGGGUUUCAGAUAUGGCAGCACCUGCGAUUCAGGAACCUUCCGUUUACAUUGCUCCUCCUGCUGAAGUUGUUGGUAAUGCGUUCGCUAGGCAAUAUUAUACAAUACUUCAGCAAUCUCCGUCUCUUGUCUAUCGGUUUUAUCAGGAUGUCAGUAAGCUUGGUCGUACAGGAGAUAAUGGUGUUAUGAACUCUACAACUACCAUGGAUGCUAUAAAUGAGAAGAUACAGUCAUAUGGAAGUUUGAGGGCAGAUCUGAAGUUUGUUGAUGCGCAAGAAUCCUAUAACGGAGGAGUGAUUGUUCUUGUGACUGGAUUUAUGGUUAAUGAUGAUGAUUCAAGACGGGGAUUCACUCAGACAUUUUUUCUGGCUCCUCAAGACAAAGGUUAUUUUGUCUUAAAUGACAUAUUCAGAUAUGUGGAGGGUGAUUUUCAGCAUAUUGAAAAUCCGCAUAAUGAAAUACAGGAUAAUGGUAUAGCACCGAAUACAGCCAGUCAAGUAGAAAAGCUACCAGUUCAAGAGAAUCACAUUAAUAGAGAUUCCAAUGGAGAAGUUUUCCAUCCUCAUGACAAUGGUGAUGUUUCAGUUGAGGCAGUUGAGGAAGUGGUGGAAGAAGAGCCAGUUGUAGAAGAAGAGCUUGUCGCAGAGGUUAUUGAUGAAGCUCCAAGUCCGCCUACUGCAUCACAGGAUGUUGAAGCAGAUGUCAAAGUUGUUGCUGACUCUCCGAAUGACUCACAAGUGUCAAAAAAAUCUUAUGCUUCAAUUGUCAUGAAGGAUACUCCUGUCCUCGCACCAUCCCCCAACUAUUCGAAAGCCAUGCCUAGAGUUCAAGAGCGAAAGACGCAAGUCACUCCCACUCCUGUGGCCCUGGUCCCACCUUCAAAUACUGAUGUGCUUGAGGACGAAAAUAACCAUGAGCCUGAAGGUGAUAGUCACUCAAUUUAUGUCAAGAACCUGCCUCUUAAUGUCACUCCUGCUGUGGUUGAGGAAGCGUUUAAGAGUUUUGGUAAAAUUAAAAGUAAUGGUAUCCAAAUUCGACUUAACAAGGGUUUUUGUUUUGGGUUUGUGGAAUUUGAAGAGGCUGGUGCUGUACACAGUGCUAUAGAGGCUUCACCCAUUCCUAUUGGUGGGCGCGAUGUUGUGGUUGAGGAAAAGAAGUCCCCUAGUUUCCGAGGGCUUAACCGAGGACGAUAUCCUCCUGGAAGAGGAGGUGGAUUCAACAAAAGCGAGGGAAGCAGAGGUCGUGGAACUUAUGGGGGAGGUAGAGGGUAUAGCCGGGGGGAGUUCCGAAACGACUUUGGAAACAGGGGUGGUGGUCGAGGAUAUUAUAAUCGUAGUGAAGGGUUUAACAGGAAUGAUCAAACUGGGUUUGGAGGUGGGCGUGCGAACCGUGGUGGUGGAUCUGGUAUUGCGAAUUCAAGGGCACAAAGGGUACCUGCACAGUCUUGAGAUACAAAAGAGUAUUUGGUAAAGUUAAAUACCUUGAAUUAAGUGAUUUGUCUAGUGGAUGAAAUAGUAUUUGGGCAGUAUCUGCUCGAUUUUUUUGUCACUUUUUUUGACAAGAACAUUGAAAUGACUUCACUCUAUUUCCAUCCUUUAUAAAUUUUGAUCUGUUUUUGGGGAUACACUAGGUUAGCAUAAGAGCUUUAGAGUAUUAGAAGUACGCCCUUUUUGAUGUGCAUUGUAGGGUGUUUUAAUAUCUAAUUUUAGUCUGAGGUAUAUUUAGCAAGUAUGCAAGACUCUUGCCAUCUCAAUUGGAAUUGUGGGUAUAGUAGAUUAAUCAGUAUUUAAAUGGAAUUGAGUA